AAUUCGAGGAGUCGCACUCGUGAUAGCCUCUGAGCCGCAUUUCGCUCCAGCCAACAAGCCGAAAGGUUUCAGCACUGCGGGAGUCCAACGAGCACCCUCGACACUGUGCAAUAUACGAUGUCUUCCUCAUCUCAUCCGAAUGCUUGGCAAACUGCUGGUCGAGGUGGUCGACAGCAAUUACAACAGCACCACCAGCUUGGGUUGACGUCCCGCACACCCCAGAACCGCUCUUCAAACGCCUCGCCGAGUCAGUCGCAGCAACACUCUGCUCCUCCGCCGGCACUACCCAAACAGACACUCGCGCAACAGCAACAACAACAACAACAACAACAAGCCCCACAGGAGGCCAGGCCGCCUGUUGGCAAUGCUUGGACUCAGCGCCAGGUUCAAACUAGCCACAGCAACCUCGUGUCGCCUUCAGCUGCAAACGCGGGCAAUGGAUCAAUACAGCACACAUUCGACGCUUUCGCUGUAUCGGAGCGUACACACGCUCCCUUGCACGGAUUCAACGCUGUCGAAGUGAAAGCGUUUCUGGCUCGUGAGCCUGCACUUAGCUCCUACAAGGCUGCUACACCGGCAGUUCCACCAACGACGACACCGGAUGCCCCCCGUAACAGCGGAGGGGCAUGGGGAGCAAAAGUGAGUCCUGGCAUGACCAAUCAGGGAUUUUUCAUUCAGCUUGCGAAGCAGGUCGCCACUUUCGAGGAUGGCGGAUGAGUCUGUUGGAAUCACAGAUCAUGCAUCUUCGAGUGUCUCACCCAACAAUUCUGACUUGCGGGAGAACAAGCUUCCUCGUGAUUCCCACGAGCAUGUCGUCUUGCGCGAUUAUGUCACAUCAACAAGAUGGAUCAGGAAACUUCGUGAUUCAGCGCCUUACAAUUGUGGUGGUGGUGGUUCAUGGAUUUGGUACACAUGCGGGUGUGAAACAACGUUCAGGCGCUGAAAUGCCGUGAGGAAUCGUAGCAUAUGGGCGAUGUCGGACAGGAGCAGCAUCUAUGGACAGGAUGCACUGACAAUCGGCCAUACCGUUCGUGAGAAGAGUCGU